AUGCAUGUACAUUAUCUGCCGGUCCGGAUCCGCGCUCUCAAGAUCCUGGCUUCAAACGGCGAUGUUCUGAAAGUGGCACUGGGCAUAGUAAUUUCGAAUAUGAUCAAGAUUGAGAUACAGCAUGCAUUGUAUAGACUGGACUAUGUUGUCGAAGCCAAGAAGACCCAGGUCUUCGCGUCUGUGGAGCUUAGUAUUUGGUACACAAGCCGAUAA